GCAUUUGGAUGGUUCAAUGGAUUUUGCCUCAGCCUUUUACCAGCAUUUGGGCAAGUAUGUCCCCCGUAUAUAUACAAGCUAUGUGCAGCCACAAGUGGACAGGCAAGAAAAGCUGCCGCAGGACAGUAUCUUCACCCCUAUGGAAUGGUACCUGUUUGGAGAGGACCCUAAUGUCUUCAUGGAGAAGCUGCGUCAGAACGAGGCACCUCCCCUGUGUGGUCAGUUAUUUAGAGGGGGGGAGACCACUUAUUCAUGCAGGGAUUGUGCAAUAGAUCCCACCUGUGUGCUGUGCAUGAACUGCUUCCAGAACAGUAUUCACAAGAAUCAUCGCUACAAGAUGCAUUCUUCAAUGGGAGGGGGGUUUUGCGACUGUGGUGACACAGAAGCCUGGAAAACGGGUCCAUACUGCAAGAUCCAUGAGCCAGGGGCUUCAGAUCAGGAUUCUGGAUUUCGAUUGCCAGAAGAGGUUCUAAUCCAGACCAGAAAAGUGUUCCCUGUCAUCAUCCAAUACAUUGUGGACAUGCUUAUCUGGGAGGAGGAAAAAUGUCUGCCUGGGUAUUUAAAUACAGGCCAGAAAAAGUCAAAGCAGCAUUGCUGUUUGCUCUACAAUGAUGAUGAUCACCACACCAAUGACCACUUCACCUACAGUAUACAGAGAUCUCUAGGAUGUGAUAUGAAAGAAUCACAGACAAUAACAAGUGCGGCAGAAAGGGAGGGUCGUACAAUUGUGAAAGAAGGAGGUUUAGAAGUGUGCAAAGAGACUGCAGAUAAUCUUAAGAAACACUCAGAAAACGUGUCUCAGCGACCUCUGCAUGUUGAAGUGCUGAAUUCUCUGGUCAUGGCACAUCAGACCUUUGCGUGCAGUCUUGGGACAUGGUUGAACAAACUUUUGGCAUACUCAAGUGACUUCCGACAGAUCUUUUGUCACAUGUGUCUGGAACCAAUCAGAACAAUCAGAGCAAGGGAAUUGUGCUAUGUCAGCUUAUUAAUUAAGUGUGAUGCCAAACUUCAUAAAGGUUUCAAGAAAGUGCUGCAUGAUCUGAUCUUCAGCAGCUUCUUUAUGGAGAUGGAAUAUAAGAAGCUGUUUGCCAUUGAGUUUGUGAAGCAUUAUAAACAGGUUCAAAAAGAGUACAUGGAUGAUGAUCGUGACAGGAACGUCUCGGUUACUGCAAUCUCAGUUCAGGUCUUCACUGUCCCCACCCUGGCUCGGCUGCUCAUUGAAGAACAGAGUGUAAUCACAGUUAUUACAGAGGCCAUGAUGGAAGUUCUGCCCAAAUAUCUAGAUACAAAUGGCAAGUUUAACUUUCAGGGCUACAGUCAGGACAGAUUCUGCAGAGUAUAUGCAAUUAUCUGCGACCUCAAAUAUAUCCUGAUAAGUAAACCCACAUAUUGGUCAGAGAAACUGCAAGAGAAGUUUGUGGAUGGGUUUAAAUCUUUGCUUCAUGUGUUAACAUGUAUGCAGGGCAUGGAAUCUACAGGUCGGGUGACAGGACAACACGUUGAGAUGGACUUUGACUGGGAGACCACAGUAGCCAUGCAGAUGCAACUGAACAAUGUCCUGAUGUUAUUUCAGGAGUGGUGUGCAAGCAAUGAAGAGAUACUGUUCCAGACUUACAAGGUGUGCCACCAUAGUGUUCUUCAGUGUAUUAAACCUGUCCACACCCAACAGAAGAUUUAUGUAGAGAUGUGUGGUCAUUCCUAUGAUACCUACCCAUUUAAAGUCUCCAGAGAUCCUGUCAGUAUAUAUCUGCCCCUCUCCCGGAUGCUGGCAGGUUUGCAUUCACAGAUGAGUAGAACUGGUGUUAUUUCCAAGCUGCAUGAGUAUAUUCCCAUUAAAGACUUCCAGAUAGAACUUCUUGUUGAGAGUCCAUUGAGGUGUCUGGUGCUUGUCGGACAAGUGGCGGCUGAAAUGUGGAGAAGAAAUGGCCUCACCAUUAUUAGCCAGGUUUACUACUACCAAGAUGUCAAAUGCAGAGAGGAGAUGUAUGAUAAGGACAUCCUCAUGUUACAGAUUGCUGCUUCAUACAUGGAUCCAAACAGCUUCUUGCUAUUGGUACUUGAAAAAUAUGAACUUGUGGAAGCCCUCUCAAACCUCACAAUGCCAACCAAAGAUGUGGACUUGUCAAGACAAUGGAACAUGCUUACUGAGGAGAUGCUGCAUACUCUGAUCUGUGUAAUUGAUGAGCGAUAUGUGCCGGGAGUCAGUGAUAUCACCAUGGAAGAAUGCAUGAUGAGAGAAAUAAUCCACCUACUCUGCAUUGAACCCAUGGCUCACAGUGCCAUUGCCAAGGCGAUGCCAGAUAUUGAAAAUCUAGACAUUUGCUUGGAUACCUUGAUCAACAAAGUGGCCAAUUUUAAAAAGCCAGGAGUAUCAGGUCAUGGAGUUUAUGAGCUGAAGGAAGAAUACCUUGACCAGUUCAAUGUUUUCUUCUAUCAUUACACAAAGACCCAGCGCAGUAAGGCUGAGCAUGCACAGAAGAAAAGACGGAAACAGGAAAAUAGCUCUGAAGCAUUACCACCACCUCCUCCUCCAGUCUUCAGUCCAGCUUUCAACAAUGUAAGCAAGCUCCUGUGCUGCGAUGUCAUGAUGCACAUUCUUCGGACCAUUCUGCAGAGGGCAGCAGAGGAAGAUCCAACAAUGUGGACUGAAGGCAUGAUACAGAUGGUUCUGCAUAUUAUAGCUCUUGGACUGAUUGAAGAGAAAAGGCAUCUUCAGAAGGCAGCAGAAGAGGAAGUAACUUUUGAUUUCUAUUACAAGGCAACAAGAAUUGGCAGCUCAGAUCCAAGUGCUUCAAGUGUUGUGUCCCUACUUGACAAGCUGAAAACUGUAACACAAUUGGAAGCUCUGAAAGACAUGAUUUGCUGGGUUCUGCAGAUGCUGGAAACUGUGAAACGGCUGCAUGAAAAGUCAGGCCAAACUGCAAUUGCUGCAUCAUCGUCUGACAUGGCUAAACUGGAUGAGGUACAGAGCCCCCAAGAGAAGGAAACAAGAAAACGUAAAGCGGAGGCAGCAAGACUACACCGGAAGAAGAUCAUGGACCAGAUGACUGCUUUGCAAAAAAACUUUAUCGAAACAAACAAGCUGCUAUAUGACAACAAUCAGGAAGUGCAAGAGGCCUCCACUCCAACCGAGGAGAUCUCACUGACAGCUGCUGAGGGCGCGAAGAUUGCGCUGGGUCCUAAUCGGGGCCCAUCAAUACCAGAAAAAGAAGCACUGACUUGCAUCCUGUGCCAGGAGGAACAAGAAGUGAGACUGGACAAAUCCACAAUGGUGUUAACUGCCUGUGUACAGAAGUCUACCACCUUAUGCCAGAACCGAGGAACAGCAGUUAUACACUCAGGUGAAACAUUUGAUCCACUUUUUACAAGCCUCGAGUUGUCUGCUGGAACGUUUACUGGAAGUUGUGGUCAUGUAAUGCAUGUAAUAUGCUGGCAAAAGUUUUUUGAAGCCAUGCAAGCGAGUAACCGCCAACGCGUUCAUCUGGAUCUGAUCUAUGAUCUGGGAAACGGAGAGUACUUGUGUCCUUUAUGCAAAUGCCACUGCAACACUGUUAUUCCUAUCAUCCCCAUUAUAGCACAGCAAAUCAACAGUGGUGAUGCUGAAGCUCUGAGACAAGUUUUAUCGCUUUCAUGCUGGCUGGAUGUUGUGAUGACCAGAAUAUCGGGAUACAACUUGAAAAUCCCCAAAGGAGAUAAGUCCAUAUCACCUGAAUUCCUGAAGAGUGGAGACAGUCAAAGCCAUGAAUUUCGCUCCAUCCUCAGCUUUGGGGUACAAUCACCGCCAAAUUUUUCUGCCAGCACAAAAGAAAUGCUAGUCCACUUUGCCACCACCGUGUACCGAGUAGGCCUGAAUGUUCCACCGAAUGAAACUGACCCACGCUUACCUAUGAUGACAUGGAAUACGUGUGCAUAUACAAUUCAGUGCCUUGAAAAUUUAGUACAGGAUGAAGAAAAGCCUUUGUUUGGAUCUUUGCAGAAUCGUCAGCACGCUGGACUUAAAGCUUUAGUGAAGUUUGCAGAGGCACAAAGAGUUACAUGUCACCAGCCCACAAUACAGAGCCAUCUUGUGCAGAUACUGGCAGUGUUUCUGCCAAAUUCAAAGCUUGAGGGAACUCCAUCCUUACUGUCUCUAGAUGCGUUCCACCUCCUAGUGGGGUCGGUUUUGGCCUUCCCAUCUUUAUACUGGGAAGAAGGUGUGAACCUUCAUCCUUCACCCCUGGUCUCUGCAUACAACCAUCUCUACCUCUUCCAUCUUAUUACUAUGGCCCACAUCGUGCAAAUCAUUUUCACAUCUGCUGCAGGCACUGUACCAACUGUGUCCUUGGGUGAUGGGGAAGAAGGUCUUAGUGCUGCCACUUUAUGUCGUGAUUUAUCACAGCUUACUAGUGGUUGCCUUGCGGCUGAUGUUUCUGGCGGGUAUAUCUGGGAUUGCGUAAAGAAAGGCAUUCUCCCUUUCCUGCGUUGUGCUGCCCUUUUCUUCUACUACCUGCUGGGAGUGACGCCACCUGACGAGCUGCAGACAUUGGUGGUUCCUGAAGAGCAGUUUGAGGCUUUGUGCAGCUACCUCUGUUUACCUACCAAUUUGUUUCUACUUUUUGAAGAACACUGGGACACUGUGAAACCACUUGUUCAGAGGUGGUGCUCUGAUCCAGCUGUUUUGAGUGUCCUUACUGGUGAAAAAACAGCACUCAGGUAUCCAAGGAAACGCAACACUUUAACAGAGCUGCCUGAAGACUACAGCUCCCUGCUGAACCAGGCCUCCCAUUUCAGAUGUCCGAAGUCUCAGGUUGCUGAACGCAAACACCCAGUGAUGUGCCUCCUGUGCGGGGCUGUCCUCUGUUCUCAGAACACUUGUUGCCAGGAGGUGGUAGAUGGCGAGGAACUGGGGGCUUGUACAACACAUGCACUACGCUGCGGAGCUGGAAUCUGCAUUUUCCUCAAGAUAAGAGAAUGUAAAGUGGUUCUUAUUGAGGGGAAAACCAGAGGCUGCAUAUAUCCUGCUCCGUACCUGGAUGAAUAUGGAGAAACAGACCCUGGUCUAAAACGAGGAAAUCCUUUGCGGCUCUCCCACGAACGAUAUCGUAAACUGCAUCUCAUGUGGCAGCAACACUGUAUCAUUGAGGAAAUUGCUCGCAGCUUGGAAAUAAGCCAGUUGUUUUUUGGCUUCAACUGGAGCCUGCUUUAG